ACGUUCAAAAAACACAACUGCAUUUUCUUUCGGUUCUUGCGCCUAAACGGCUAAACCCACCCACCCACCUACCGCGCCGCCGCGUCCGUCAAACAGCGGGGGCGUCAGCGACGCCGCCGCCGCGCGCCGUCUAUGGCCUUCACCUCCCAAUCCCUAGCUCUCCGGGCACCCGCCUCGCUCCCCAGCGGCCGGCUCGCCGCCGCCGCCGCCCCCACCGCCGGCCGCGUCGCCCUCCGGGGCCGGAGCGCCGCCUUCCCUUCCGUCGUCGUCGCGGCCGCCGCCUCCACUCCGAUGGCGGGCGACGAGGAGAAGAAGGAGGUCAAGCUGUGGGGCGGGCGCUUCGAGGAGGGCGUCACGGACGCCGUGGAGCGCUUCACCGAGUCCAUCUCCUACGACUGGCAGCUCUACAAGUACGACAUCAUGGGCAGCAAGGCCCAUGCCUCCAUGCUCGCCUCCCAGGGUUUGAUAACUGCGAGCGAUAGGGACAUUAUCUUGGAGGGGCUCGAUCAAAUCGAGAGGCAGAUUCAAGAAGGCAAGUUUGAGUGGAGGAAGGACCGGGAGGACGUGCACAUGAACAUCGAAGCAGCUCUGAUCGAGAGGGUUGGUGAGCCGGCCAAGAAGCUGCACACUGCUAGGAGCCGCAAUGACCAAAUUCAGACGGAUCUAAGGCUAUGGUGCCGUGAUGCUAUUGACAAGAUUUUGAUUCGUAUCAAGCAGCUUCAGGUGUCUUUGGUUAUGUUAGCUUCAAAACAUGUUGACCUGAUAGUCCCUGGUUAUACCCAUCUGCAAAGGGCACAGCCUGUUUUGCUGCCACAUCUUCUCUUAUCAUAUGUUGAACAGUUGGAGCGUGAUGCUGGUCGGCUGGCCAACUGCAGGGAGCGAGUGAAUUUCUGCCCUCUUGGUGCUUGUGCUUUGGCUGGAACUGGACUUCCUAUUGACAGGUUUCAGACCGCUAAAGAUUUGAAGUUUACAGCUCCGAUGAAGAACAGCAUUGAUGCAGUAUCAGACCGUGACUUUGUAUUGGAGUUUCUUGCUGCCAAUUCAAUUGCUGCUGUUCAUCUUUCUCGAAUUGGUGAAGAAUGGGUUCUGUGGGCAUCAGAGGAGUUUGGGUUCCUGACACCAAGUGACAAAGUUUCAACAGGAAGCAGCAUUAUGCCACAAAAGAAAAAUCCGGAUCCAAUGGAGCUUGUUCGUGGGAAGUCUUCUAGGGUUGUUGGAGAUCUCAUGACUGUCCUAAUCCUCUGCAAGGGCCUUCCACAGGCCUACAACCGUGAUCUUCAGGAAGACAAGGAACCGUUGUUUGAUAGCGUGAAGACCAUAUUAGGAAUGCUUGAAGUUUGCACGGAGUUUGCUCAAAACAUUUCUUUUAAUUCAGAAAGAAUACAAAGUUCCUUGCCAGCUGGUCAUCUGGAUGCAACGACAUUAGCGGAUUAUCUUGUGAAGAAGGGAGUUCCAUUCAGAACUUCUCACGAGAUAGUGGGAAAGUCUGUUGCUCUAUGCGUCUCCAAGAACAACUGUCAGCUAGCUGACCUACAAUUGGAUGACCUAAAAGCCAUUCAUCCAGUGUUUGAGGCCGACGUGUACGAGUACCUGGGGGUCGAAAACGCUGUAAACAAGUUCAUAUCUUAUGGCUCCACUGGUUCAAACCAAGUGAAGAAGCAGCUCGAGGAUUGGCGCGUCCAGCUCGGGAUCAGCUCGUAAGGAUUGGUACGAACCAAGAAAUAAGCUAGCUCGUAAAUCAGAGCUUGCGAUUUUUGAAUGUGUAUCUGGAUGCCAUAACUUUGUUCUCCGCGUAUCAGCAGCUUGUUGUUGGUACGUUUUGGGAACUGGAAUGAGUGAUGCAAUUGUGUUGGGUGCCCUGAGUCUGUUCCGUGUACCAUUGCACCCAGCUUUGUUUUCAGCAGAGUAAUCUGAUUCCGUUCCACGA